AUUAUAGUCUUAGGUAAGUCACAAAAUAUGUAUAUAAAUAUAAGGAAAAUUAAAUAAACCUUAUAUUUAUAUAUAAGGGCAAUUAAAUGCAUAUUAAAUACUUUCCUCUCACUCAUACAUGUUAACACACCUGACGAUACGCGUGGCAAGUAUGCUUCCCGUAGUACUAUGUUUUCUACGGAGAUACUUAAAUCACUCUACAGAAAGAAAUAAAAGUAAUGAUAUAUUUUCAUAAUUAGAAACUCAUAAAUUCACUCGAAAAAUUUAAUAUAUAUACAUAUAUAAGGGUGGAUCAAUAAAUAACCAACCAAAAGCAGCAACACAACUGGUUAAUCCGGCUGGUUAUUUACUGAGCCACCCUUAUAUUUUAUUUAUAAAUAUAUAAAUUUAUCAUUAAAUAGUCUAGUUAACGUGUAAGAAUAUUUAAAUAGAUGAUUUUCUAUACACAUCUAUCAAAAGCAUUUAUAAAAGUAAGGUAAUUUUAAUAAUGUGUUGCACUCUAGCACAAACCAGGCUAUAUUAUAUAAUUAUAAUUUACUAAAUUAGCAUUUUUAUAAAUAAUAUAUGCUUCUCGUUAAGAAUAGAAGCCGUAGGGUUAGUUAUACAACAUUUAAAACUAUUUUAAAACGAAAUUAAGUCACAUAUAAGUGUAAGAAUUAAUGACAUAUCAUUAUUUUUCUGUCAAGUUUUGUCUCAUCUUACUGUCAUUGUUGUUUGACAUAAAGGAAAAGUAACGUGAUGUUUAGAUAACAUAGUUUCUAAAAAUAAUAUCUUUUUAAUUUACACUAUUCACAGACAAACAAAGAAACAAUGAAAAUGUGAAGAAGGAAAUAAUAUUAUUAAAAAAAUAUUUUCUUUAAAUGUAAUAAUUUUAAGAGUUUUCAUGCAUUAUGAAAACAGGACUGGUGAGUUAGCUUUAGUUUAGAUAAAUAUAUUUUAUUAAUUACAGUGUUCUGAAUGUCUUUAUAUAACAACUUUGAGAAAAUAACAAGAAGAAUUCACAUACUGUAUAUCGGUUGUUUACACUUAAAGCAAUCAAGCAGCAAACGUUUUAUGUAAGACACUGAUGUUUAACACAGACUUGCACAACGUGGCCCUCUUUCUAAAACUAGAAGGCGAUGAACAGUAUGUUCAACGAUCAAUAGUAAUUGAUUCUGUGUGAUGCUUCUCAUAUACAGUGUUAUACUGUGUUUCAAAAUUCCCAAAUUUUCAACGUGUCCUCGAUAAAUCACACUUUAUAAGAACCCACAAAUAAAACUGCUUUUCAAUUGUUUGCAGCGCUAAAGUGCAUAGUAAUGAAUUAUAGUGCUAAGUUUUUUUUUACGGAAAUGCACUAUUUAAAUAGACCUUUCAGUGUACUGUACAGUACAUACAUUUGAACAGCCUACACUUCACGUAAAUAAUUAUUAAGUAAGUUAUAGUUAUAACGGCUCUAUAUUUAUUAAAAGUAUUCUCAUUAUAACUAAUUUUACAAUACUCUAGGUCAAUAAUUUAGGCCUAGGAUACUGUAUUGUAUUUAGAAAAGGUGUAAAAAAUUAUCUUGUAGCCUAUUUUUGUAUGCCAUUAAAACUAUAAAUAAAUGUGCUAUAAUUUAGGCUAAUUGCUGUAUAAAACAGCUUUAUGACAAUACUACUUUUUCCAUAUAAACGAUUACUUAAUUAUUGAAUAAUAAAAUUCAAUUUAAAUAGGUUAUAUAUUAACCAUUUUUUUAAAUUAAAGACGAAACUGAAAGACUUCUUUAUAACUAUUGAUACAUACUUUUAAGUUGCUACUAUAGAAAAAUUUAAGUUAUUAUUUCCUCAAGCUUACUCACAGUACACUAUAAAUAAUAAAUUUAAAUAGUUAAAUAAAUAAAAGAAAAAUACAGGUAAAGUAUCCUUAUCGUAUAAGAAUAAUAAAACUUAAAACACCUCUACAAAAGUUCCUUUAUCAGUCGUACGCUGUAAUGCAUUGUUUUAGGUUGAAGUGAAGGAGAGGAAAAAUUGAUAAUUGUUUAAAGAAUUUAAAAAGCAUCCCUAUUAGUUUAUAAGGAGACUGUUAAAACAAGAACUGUGCAUUUAAUCGAAACAGUAUCAGUGAUAUAAUGCUCAUUACCAUGCUUUGAUACGAUACUGACACUAUCGAGACAUUAUUAAAAUGAAGUACGACUGCGUUAACAGAUUCAUAUCAGCAAAAUUUCGAAAAUUAGGAUACUGUGUUGGGAGGCAUCCUUUGUUAUUCAUUUUUGUACCAACGAUCGUUGUUUGUUUGUUGUCCAUUGGAUUUACUAGACUCGUUUUAACAAACGAUACGGAAUAUUUACUGUGUCCAACAAAUGGAAGGUCGAUUGACGACAGGAGAGUUGCGGAAACACUGUUCCCACCCGACGAAAAUGAUUUCGACAUCAUUAAAAUGAUGCGGUUUGGGAGGAUGGGUAUGAUACUAAUGGAAGCCAAAGAUGGAGGUUCUAUGCUAAGAGAAGAUUAUAUUAGAGAAAUUCGUGAUAUCGAUAACGUCAUACAAAACAUUACUGUAGUUUCUUUAAACCACACUUUCAUUUACAAGGACUUGUGCUUGAAGAGUGAUAAUAAAUGUAUCGAUAAUUUUGUGCUUUCGUUAGUAGGUAGGAUUCACGAUUUCAGAGCUAAGAAGAUUCACAUGAGUUUCCCUUACGAUACAACUGUGGAAUCAAACAAAGUCAGCUUUCCUGUAAUUAAUUUCGGCGGAGUUACUACUGACGAAAAAAAUCACAUAAAAGAAGCCAAAGCCAUCAGAUUAAUGUACUUAUUGAAGUAUACUUCGGAUCGAUGGAACAAAAUAUCAUUAAAAUGGGAAAACGAAUUUUUAAAAACCGUCUCUGAUUUAAAAUCCGAACGUUUUAAUUUCUAUAAAUUCGUUGGGAGUACAUUCGAUAGCGAAUUUCAUAAAAAUACCGAAAUGAUCUUACCAUUAAUCUUCUUUGUUGCACCAUUAAUGGCCGCUUUUGCUGUAGUUACAUCAAUGACUAUGGAUUGGGUUACCAGCAAACCGUGGAUAGGAGUUGCCGGUUGUGUGUGUCCUACUGUUGCUGUCAUUGGUGCUUUUGGCUUGCUUCUUCUAUGUGGAGCAGAAUACAUAGAUUUAAAUAUAUCAAUUCCAUUUUUACUACUCGGUAUAGGUCUGGAUGAUUCAUUUGUACUACUUGCGGCUUGGAGACGAACUGAUCCUAACGAUAGAGUAGAGAAAAGGAUAAGUGAUGCUUACUCCGAAGCUGCCAUUUCCAUUACUAUAACAUCAUUGACAAAUGUUGUAUCGUUUUCAAUUGGCAUGACAACUCCUUACAAAGUUGUACAAAUUUAUUCACUGUAUGCUUCGAUAUCUGUGCUUUUCGAUUAUGUUUUUCAAGUUACUCUCUUUGGUGGAAUCUUAGCACUUAGCGGGUUCAGAGAGAAGAAUAAACUCCAUUCUUUAUUUUGCAUAGGUGUGAAUCCAAUGAAGACAUACAAAAAUGCCUUGCAUCGUUUCUUACACGUUGGCCUGAUAAAGGAAAACGCAAAUCUCGAACAGAGUAAUAUAUUUUUAAAAGUUUAUCGAGAUUUUAUUGGUAAAGCUCUUACUUUUCCAGCUGUUAAAAUAAUUACUAUAAUGGCAUUUGUGAUGUACCUCAGCGGAGGAAUUUAUUGCUUACGAUUUCUCAAACAAGGUUUCGAUUACAGGAAUGCAAUAUCUAUAAAUUCCUAUGGAUAUGAUUUUAUCACAAAACAUUACGAAUAUUUCGUACAGUAUCCUCACGGAGUACAGAUUAUCAUAAAUAAAACUUUAGAUUAUUCUGAUCCUCAAGUACAAAAGGACGUUUUGGGAAUUGUCGAUAAGUUUGCAAAUGCCCCUCACAUGGCUGGAACGAGUUUGGAAGAUUCGUGGCUAAAAUACUACUUGGCAUCGUUAAAUGAUACGAAAUUUUGGUUUUCCUACAGGGGUUAUGAUAUGAACAAAUCGGAAGAUUUUAUUAAAGGCUUUAUUAAUGUUUUCCUUAAGUUGCCUUACUAUAGAAGAUACAGGAACGAUGUAGUUUUUAAUAAGAAUAUGACACAAAUUGUAGCUACUAGAUUUCUAGUUGCAACUAAAGACAUUAACGAUUUCGAUUUAGAACGUCAGAUGUUAUCCAAACUGUGGGAAAUUGCCGAAUCUUGUAAGUAUCCGGUUCAUGUCCAUAACUACUGGUUCGUGAUUCUAAAUCAGCAUAUCAAAAUCAAAGAAAGUUCAAUCCAGGCGAUAUUGAUCGCUUCGUUAACGGUUACUGUUAUAUUCUUCUUCUUUAUACCUCAUAUCAUAUGUACAAUAUGCGUGGCUCUGUCCAUAGCUUCCAUAUUAAUUGGUGUAAUCGGUUAUAUGUCAUUGUUAGGUGUACAAUUGGAUACAGUGGCUAUGUUGAUCCUAAUUAUGGCAACUGGACUAUCGGUAGAUUACGCUGCUCAUAUUUCUACGGCAUACGUUAUAUCGAAAAACAAAAUCCCAAACGAGAAGAUUAUAAGAUCGUUAGAGGUUGCUGGGCAUCCAAUAUUUCAAGGUUGUAUUACUUCUGUAGUAGCGGUAGCCAUUUUUGGUCUAGCACCAUCGCAAGCAUUCGUUAUACUGUUUAAAAUUAUAUCUUUGACAAUGAUAUUUGCAUUUUUUCACGGAAUAUUUUUCUUGCCUGUAAUGUUGAAUGCGUUCGACACGAUUGUUUUAUUCUUCUGUGAAAAAUUUUCAAGAUCGAAGGGAACAGAAAAUAACAUUGGGAAUAAAGAUAUUAAUGUUUCGCUUAUGAAUGGAAUAAACAGUACCGAAACAGAAAAUUAAACAAUUAUGAUAAUACAAUAUAUAUAGUUACUGAAAAAUUAGUGCAAGGAAAACUUCGUAUUGUAUUUUAUAGGUUAAUAUAUCGAAAAAAAAAACUGUUUUUAUUCCUAAAAAUUAGUAGUAAUAUAUAAUAAAUGUUUCGUUUGAAUGCCGAAUAGCUGGUGUCUGUCUGCUGCUCUGGGGAGUCAGGAUUCGAGUGCUAGUCGGGAAUUUCUGGCAAUUUUUAGCGGUAUAAUACGCCAGAUCUCAUCUAUCAUCACCCAGCCUUAUUAUGGGCAGGAUAAAUCCAUGAUGGGUAUGGUUAAAAGAUCCUCUAAGUAUAUGCAAAGAGGAAGUCAAAAGUUGAAAAUAUUUCAUUUAUCAUUAUGGAUAAUUUUAAAUAUAUUAGCAGGCAUAUGGUGAUAUCACGCGCUAUAUAUACGUAUACAUAAUAAUAUAGUCUGUAUUAAAUUCCUUUUAUGCUUCAAUGUGUCAUUUUUCGUUACUCUUAAAUAAUUACAAAAAUCGUUAGCAAUGUACAAGAAUCGUCCAUAAGUUACGUAAGGCUUUUCUAUACUUUUCAUUUAACAUCUCACUUUCUUAUAACGCUUUAUAACGCAUCGCACAUACCCAUUCUCAAAAUUAUGUAAUGUUUAUCCUUGAUAAAGUUUUUAAAAAAUUGUACUAAGGAAUAAUACACAGCACGGAGUAUUGGACAUUACAUUAUUUUAUUACGUACAACGAUUCACUAUGAAACUUCGGAAACCAAAAGGACUGAUUAUGUUACUCAAGGGUUAAAAUCCUAUUAUUUCUAUUUAACAUUUAUGUAAACACCCCAACUCUUUGUAACGCAUCGUACCAAUUAUUUUCAUACCAACCUACAUCUGCGUUACGUAAUUUAUAGACAGCUAUUGUAUUAAAAUUGUUGACUGAGAGUCGACACAGUAUAGAGAAACUAUUAUAGAUGGUAUUGUAAUCCAUAAUUCAUAAUUUCGUCUUAAAUUCUAUCGAGGAUUUGUGUUGAACCCAACGUUUAUUAAAGAUUGGUUAAACACUGCAAUUAUGUACUAUAGUAUAUUGCAGGGGUGGCAAAACUUUAUCAAUACAGGAGCCCGUCAUAAAUAUACGAGAGCCACAUCUUGUAUUUAUAUUAACGGUAUAUAUUGUUAAAAUAUUAUAGUCAACACUAAGGACCGGAUUUGUAUGCACACGCAUGCUUCUUCCUUAAAUGCUAUGAUAUCAAAACCUCAAUAUAAAUGUUAUUUGAGUUUUGUGACGUUAAAUUUUCGAAUUUCUGAUGUCACCUAUUGUCGCGUGUUUAUAUCUCCAUCUAAAAAGUGUGAUGUAAUACACGUUUUUAAGAUUUUCUCUCAGAAGUACGUAUGCAUUUCAGUCUUUAAAUUUAAGUGUAUAACUCUUAUUAGUCUAAUACACUUUUAACAUGUAUCAUGCAUAUUUGAAGCAUUUUACAUGCAUAUAGCAGUGCAUAUAUCUGGCAUUUAAAUGCAAAAUGAGUGAGCCAAAGAGGAGCAAAAUCUAUGAUUUGUUCGACGGAAAAAAAUAAAUUUCGUUUUUGUUAUGGUAAAAAAUGAAUAGUGUCAUUUAAUUUACGUUUUAGUGUAGGCCUAUUUACCAAAAAUAAAAUCAUCUAGAAUGUUAAUUAAUUACUGUACAAUAUAUAAGUAUAGUGGUGCCUCGUACUUAAUCCGUUCCAGGUGCACGUCCGUUAAGUGA